AGUAUUUGUUCAAAAUAAAUGGAGGCGCAAAAAAAUACAGGUUCAACUAUUGACUGUUAAGUGUGACAGUGAUACUGCUACAUUUUUAUUUAUUUAUUUUUACCCUCUUCAAAAUAAGAACAAAUAUUAAAUGGAUUAAAAAUAAAAUGCAAUAAAAUACUACUAUCCAGAGGAAAAAUACCAUUAAGGUUAAAAUAUAUCGGUACAUACAACUAUAAACAAGUAGUAACAGGUGAGUAUAGCCCUCUGAGCAUUAUACAGUAUUGCAUCGAACAGGAGAAAAUAUACCUUAGUCAUGCAAUAAAUUACAAGUCAUCACACCACCCAAAUUGAGUAAGCACAUACACAUUUUGGUCUGGUCUGUGCCUCCGUUGAGCCCCGACCCUCUACUUCCGACUGUCGAGGGAGGGUUGCACACAGAGCAGACAGGUGUUUCCAGCAGCAACGGAUGUUGCCGCCGGCGUCCUCUGCUACUUGCUGCCGCUGUGCGAGUUCUCGCAGUAGUACACAAGUUUCUGGUGGUGGGCCGAGCGCUAUCGCGAGAUUUGGCGGCCACACGAUCAACCUGUUCGUUGACACUCACCAACAGCAGCCAGCCAGCCAGCAGCCGAGCGAGACGAGCGAGCGCAGUCUGCCUCGCCGGGCACUGGACCGAAAGCUCGAAGAACCGACGAGAGGGAAUCCAACAUCUGGCCUCACAUCAUGAUUAUACAACGUCGAGGUGUCUAAGUGGGGAGAAGGCACAUCAUCGCAUCACGGAAAAGGCGGAAAUAAAUGUUAUGAGGGAAGAAUGGAGUUCCCAGACCAUAGCCGCCAGUUGCUGCAGUGUUUGAGUCAGCAGCGUCACCAAGGUUUCCUGUGUGACUGCACCGUUCUGGUCGGGGAGGCUCGCUUCAAGGCGCACAGAGCCGUGCUGGCUUCCUGCAGCAUGUACUUCCAUCUCUUCUACAGGGACCAGCUAGACAAAAGGGAUGUUGUGCAUCUCAACAGUGACAUUGUGACAGCGCCGGCCUUCAGUCUGCUGCUUGAAUUUAUGUAUGAGGGCAAGCUGGAAUUCAGCACUCUUCCAGUGGAGGACGUGCUGGCCGCAGCCAGCUACCUCCACAUGUACGACAUCGUCAAAGUGUGUAAAGGCAAGCUGAAAGACAAGGAGCUCUCCUCGCUUGACGAAAAGAUGGGUGAGGCUUUUGGACUCAGCUGUCUGGAGCGGGACAAUUCCUCGGACGGCGAGCUACGCGGUGACAAGCAGCUCGGAAGACGACAGUCCCGGGGGCUCCCGGGGCCGCCCUCCCCGACGGAACAGUCUGACACGGACAACAGCGAAGCGGGGCUCGCUGUCAGCGACUGUGAAAGGUCUAGACGGAACAGGCAGAAGGCAAACGGUCACUCCGGCAGGUCCCCGAACCUUGUAGGUGUCAAUUAUGUGUCAGCGGAGGCCGAGCCUUGCGUCCAAACAGCUGGAAAAACAAAAGCUGAUGUCAGUAGUUCCACCGUAUCGCUGUCCCAGAGGUCCCGGGCUUCGGAUGACAUGGACUGCGCUCUGGAUUUGUCUUUCAAGCCUCUGUCUAGCAGAGAUCCCUUACAGGCCUCCUACAUCUCGGGACAGCUGGCCCUCGACAGCCAACAGCAGGGCACUGAGCCACUUGUUAAAGAUGAACACGACUUGCUGUCAGAGCAGGAGGACAGUGAGCCCAUGAGCCCUGAGAGCCAGCGCUUUGGGAAUAGCGCCAGGAGCUCAGUGGUGACAGGGUUCGCUGCCCUCUUCCCAGGCAACAACGGUCCCACCGCCGCCCUCCUCUCCCAGGAGGAAGACCUGAUGGACGAGGAGGGGGAGGCCUGCGGCGGGAGGGAGGGCGCCCCCGGCAGGGAGGCGGCGGAGGAGCGGAGGAGGGGGAGGCUGCUGGGGGACAGCGAGGAGGAGGAGGAAGACGACUUGGCUUCUUCGGACAUCUCCACCUCCAGCGGGGUGCUCUUGCCCGCGGGGCAACAGGCGUGCGUGUGCCCCCUCUGCAGCAAAAUCUUCCCCAGCCCGCACGUCCUGCAGCUGCACCUCAGCUCGCAUUUCCGCGAGAAGGACGGCGCUCGCUCCAAGUUGUCCCCCGACGGCUCGGUGCCCACCUGCAUGCAGUGCAACAAGACCUUCUCCUGCAUGUACACCCUCAAGCGGCACGAGCGCACACACUCCGGCGAGAAGCCGUACACCUGCGGCCAGUGCGGCAAGAGCUUCCAGUACUCGCACAACUUGAGUCGACACGCCGUGGUCCACACGCGGGAGAAGCCGCACGCGUGCAAAUGGUGCGAGCGUCGUUUCACCCAAUCCGGGGACCUGUAUCGCCACAUCAGGAAGUUUCACUGUGGCCUUGUUAAAACGCUCGCCAUAGGAUAAAGCGCUCAAUCUGUGCCAACACGGCCCCACCCCGUGUCUUUUCACACGUUAGUAUUCACACACCGGCAGUUUGGAUUCUACCCCAGGGGGCAUUUCUCUUGAUGUAGCAACUUGAAGAAAAACUGGCCUCGACUGGCGAAUGGCAUCGGUGUGGAAGUUGAACAAAGUAGACGAUGCACUUGUUUGUUUGCGUCGUCUUUCUCUCCGUGGGUUGACUUUAUUUGAGGAGCUGAAAGGCAUCCCGAAGGCAGAACGCAGGCUGCUAACAUUUGUUAAUACAAUCGACUUUAUUUGUGCACAUGGGAGAUCAGAACCGUCCGUUUUCCUACUGUAAUGUUAUUAUUUAUUUGGGUAUUUGUAACAAGUUCAAAAUUUCGAGGCAGCAAAACUAAUGAAGUUUAGACUACUGGAAUACAUAUAUUUUUUUUCAGGGAAGUUUUUCUUGAAAGGUCAAGGUUAAAGGAGACAAACCCAUUAUGUCCACUAUUGUAUUUUGCCUUGGAAUCACCUGUCGUUUUUUUUUUUUGUUUGUUUGUUUUCAGCAUGAAUGUGAACUAUUUGAAGAAAUGGCCUAAUUGCUACUUAAAAGUGUCCAUUCAAAGGAGGGACACAAAGCUCGAGUUCAUGCCUACAACACUUGUGCCUCGUUACACUUGACUUUAGUGUACUUCUUGAAGAGUGAUCGAUCACCAUGCCUUUUGUCAAAUCCACUCACACGUACCGGAGGAUUAACAAAGGUAAUAGGCAGCGCUGGAAUGCUAAUUGAUCCACGAGGGCCCUGAUAAGUGCGUGGCCCAACUAUGUAAAUGAAGCUCUUAUGAAGUUAUUGAUUGUAGAAGAAGACAAACAGCAGACGAGCGUUAUAUUUCCUGGUAUGGCUGCAGUAUGAACAAACCAGUAGUUAGUCACCGUUCGGGGACCGAACGAGACAGGUGGAUAAUCACAGGCGUGCCGUUCUGCUAAAGCUACUGACUUUCUUUUUAAAUUAACAUUCUCAUGCUCACCAUAGUUUCUUACUGUUAUGUGUUACUACUGACCUUGAUGCCUUUAGCGACCCCCCCCCAAAAAAAAGGUCUGUGGGCAGGAAGGAGUUCCACUCGUUGCUAAAUAGUUGUUUGUUUGUUUGUUUUUUGUGUCUAAUCUGUCCUGAGAAGACUUGAUCUGAAAUUUAUUUAUUAGUUUGGUUCAGGUUUUUUUUUGGGGGGGGGUAGGUGGUUUUCGAUUAGCUCGAAAGUUGGUACUAUUAACUGGUAUUGGGGCUCUCUUUUUUUUUUCUCUUUGUGCAAAUCAAGUUACUGUAAUUGUGCUUUCAUCGAAAAAUAUCAGUCACACGGAACCUAGAGAAGCACUUGUUUUUAGCAUGCACAUACAGUAGUCUCAACACUAUUUCCUAGGCUGCUAUCACCAUUUGUAUAUUUAAUGUAAAUAUAUAUUCUAUUUAUGUGUGUUUUUAUCACACCCGCGGGGGUGGCGGGAGUCAGGUGUCUUCUUCAGGCUGCAGUGUCUUCCCAGGGGGAGGGCGGGUGGGGGUGCUCGAGAGUUAAACAGACUGCAAAUCAGAAUCAGGAUUUUUCAUUCAGCUCUGCUGUUCCGCCACAGGAAAUAGUUUUUCUACGAGCACAGCCGUAGCGAGUCGUCAUUGGCUACCUAUAGAAAUAGGACAAUACUCGCAUUGUCCCCCCCCUACCCACCUUCCACACACAAGUCCCAGGUAGUUCUCAAGGGAUCAUUGUGUAUCUCCGUUGUGGUUUGCUAGCGCUGCGUUGGCGUGUGGGGGGGGGGGGGGGGGUUAGGCGAGUGCACGUUUCUCUUGCCGCUUUGGUGUAUUGAAUGGAGGCAUUGGAAUGUGAGAAAUGUAUUUAGGCGAAGGGAAACCAAGGAGACUGUAAACAGGUGUAUUGUUUGGAGGCAUCAAAGUCCUACCCACCCCCCACCCCAACCCUCCCUCCACGCAGCAUGCAGUCAGAUAAAUGCAUCAUUGUUCUACUGAGAGGAGCGACCGUUGCGAUUCGAUUGCACACCUAUAAAGAGAUUAUGAGUUCUCAUUGCGUCCCGUAUCCCCCGAUGAACAUGGAGAAUACUGGCAGCAGAGUUUUACUCGAGCAUCAUUGAUAACAGCGCAUCUUAAACGCUGCUCAGUUGAACCAGUUCAGUGAGCAACCUUAUUCCGUGUACAGUGGAGCCUCGAGCUACGAACUUAAUUAGUUCUGUCUCCCCGUUUGUCGCAUGAAACGUUCAUAAAUCAAAGUAACGUUUCCCAUUGAAAUGAAGUGAAAUGUGAUUAAUCCGUUCCCACCGCCAACUAAGUUAUACUUACCUCCUUUUUAAACCAAUCUGUGGUUAAAAAUAAAUAUAAUGUACCAGUAAUAUAUAAAUAAGUGAAAAUAUACUCUAAUCAAGAAAUGAAACCCAAACUAUUGCUCAUGAACUUUAAGAAGGGGAGGCGGGCUACAGCUUCUCCGUUCAAAAAGCGUCUUCUUCCAUAAUAACAUGGGGAAAUUCAGAUGUUUUUAUCUUUUUCUUUUCUAAUACAUUGGUUGGUUUAGUGACGACACCGAUCGCAGGUAAACCUGUUUUUUUUUUCCAGUUAAAAAAAGUAUCAAGUGGCAAGUCACAUAUUUCAAAUAUAAAUUCGGUACCUAUUUUAUUUGGUCAUUUUCAUAAUUUGUUGAUUACCUCUAUCACACUAUCACCAGUGAGUGCUUUUUCAUUUGUCAAGAGCUAAACAACGACAAAAGGGUACAUACCGGUGCCACUGCCUAACCUUGCCUUGCGUGAUGCAAAGAGCCUGCUUACACGAGAUGAGAAAAAGUUUUUGCCUUACCUUGCAGAGGGAUACAGCGAGUUUUCAGUUGACAGCAGUGCCUUAUGCACAUUUUUAAUAACGGUAACACACUGCGAGACAAAGCAUGACAUAGAUAGUCUAUCGUCAAUAAUUGCGGGCAUAACCCGAAUUGUUUGUAAAAAGGGAUGUUCGUAACUCAAGGUUCCACUUUGCAUACUUCUUGUGUCGUGUCAAUUUCAUGUACGGGCAAGAAAACGUGGCAAGCUUGGUCAGACGUUUCUUCAUUCUUGAAUGUACAUGUAUACAGGCCGAAAAAAAAAAACAACAACAAAAAAAACAACACAGCGUGUUUCUUUUGUAGCGGUUAUUUAAAGCUCCAGGAUGUUCACCGAGCCUGCCUUGUUGACACACAAAUAGGUGUUACAUCUGAAGGAACCUCUUUUUGUACUUUGUGCACUCGCUCGUGUUCACGCAACAACACCCCACCGAAGCAUAACAACUACUGAUUUCUUUUCAUAACAUGUUGUGUAAAAUUCAUUUACUUUUUUUUUGCUGCUUUUGUUUGAGGUUCCGGGCAUGUCAUUUCAUUGUGUGAAAAUAAAUUUUUGGGAGGUGUUCGACUGAGGACAAGCAUUUGUGUGAGUGCGCGCACGUGUGCGUGUGCUUUGGGUUCCAGUAGUUCCUUGGGUCAUGUCACCGAUGAAUGUGAAUGAACUGCCGAGAUUCUCAUUGUUGUCUUUUUCAUGGACUCAAAAGGCUAUGCUUGCCGAAACUCAUGCUGUAUGAUUUUAAAGUCGCAAAACGACCAUUAUCCAACAGUGGAUUUGUUGUGCUCUGUUGCGGGUUCCAACUGUGAAAUUGUGUACCAUCAUCAGAAAAUAUUUAUUCUCAUUGCAUUUGUUUUUCUUGCAGCUUCUAACUUUUAAUUUGGUUUCAUCAGCUAAAUGUCGAGCCAACACCUUUUUAAUUGAAACUGUAGAAAGUGCCAUUAGAAUUUAAUAUAAUUUUUUUUCCCUCUAAAUAAGAACAAUAUAUUUUAUAGUAAUUGCUUCAGUGUUAGAGGUGUAUAGAUUAGAGGACAAUCUUUGAUUAGAUACUGAGGCAAUUUACUGUGCAUAUUACUUGUUUGCGCCUUUUUGUGUGUGUGUGAGAGUGUGUGUGUGUGUGUGUGUGUUUGUGGAGGUGUGUGUGCUGUGGAAAUGUGACAAUCUGGAUUUAGGUCUUUAUAAGACUAUGCAUAGAAUUAAAUGGAACAACUUUG